ACACAAUUUCAUCAAUUAGUGUCAAGGCCAAUUUCUGCCAAACUCUGGAAUAAACUACAAUCUCCUUCUCUAUACCCAAAUUCACGCUCUGCCGCCGACUUCAGCGAGACAAGCAGAGCUUUGCCGUGCGAAGAAGAUGGAGGACAUGAAGAAGAGAAAGCUUGAUGAUGUUGAAAAUGGUCAAAUUUCUCCUGCUUCUGGUGAAAAGCUUCGUUCUUUGCUUGAACCGCUUGCUAAACCCCAGUUGGUUGAUCUCCUUGCUAAGUUAGGGUCCAAAUAUUCUCCAGUUGCAGGAGAAAUUAUGAGUCUUGCAAGUGCUGAUCCUGUUCACAGAAAGCUAUUUGUUCGUGGCUUGGCAUGGAAUACUACAUCAGAAACCUUGUGUGAUGCAUUUGCAGUUCAUGGAGAUAUUGAGGAAGGGGCUGUGAUCACUGACAAAGCAACUAGCAAAUCUCGUGGUUAUGGCUUUAUUACUUACAAAAAUAUGGAGUCAGCUCAGGAUGCUCUAAAGGCAUCUAGCAAACUAAUUGAUGGUCGCUUGACUGUCUGCAACCUUGCUUGUGAAGGCUUAAGCAGUGCUAGCACCGCACCUGAUCAAGCACAGCGGAAACUUUAUAUAGGAGGUUUGUCACCAGAAACCACUACCGAGAUGUUGCUUAGUUUUUUCAGCAGGCAUGGUGAGAUAGAUGAAGGUUCAGUUGCGUAUGACAAAGAUACAAACAAGUCUCGUGGUUUUGGGUUUGUGACAUACAAGACAGUUGAUUCUGCGAAGAAGGCCUUUGAUGACCCUGAGAGAACUCUAGGGGGCCGGAACAUUACAGUGAAGUAUGCUGAUACAAAGAACAAAACAACUGCAAACCAAUAUCCCUCGUCAGCAGCUCCUAUGGUCCCUCCUACAGCAGGUGGAUACCCACAGCAUGGGAAACCACAGGCACCACUUGGAUACAGUUACCCUCCACACAUGCCAUCAUACCCACCGGUCUCUUACGCUAGUCCUCCAGCAGCAGCUGCACCUCCACCUGCAAUGGCACCAGGGCCAUAUCCUCAAGGACCACCACCAUCCCAGAUUUCUUAUGCACCACCACCCAUGAAAGACACAUAUGGAAUGCCACCUUCUAUGCCCGUUGGCAUGCAGGGCUACCCAUAUUACAUGGGGAAACAAUGAUCAAAUACAGCUGCAGUGUGGUAUUCAAGCUUUGAACAUCUCCGUGCUUUCUCUACAGUCUGGUAUAUGCUUGAGCCGGAUUGAGGAUUUCUGCAUCUAUCAUCUGCUCUUCUUGACUUCUUCAGUAUGUUCGCUUCUGUAUCUAUAGGCAGUAAGUUAUAAUUUUGAUUCAAUCUGAGUAUAAAUGCCUUUUGCUAAUUGAAGCAUCGGUGAUAAUUGCAAUUUAGAGAAUAUAGUGGGGAGUUUUGAGGGCUUUCCUUAUAGGUUAGAAUCCUAGAUUAUAAUGUAUCUUGUACUAUUAUUAGUUAGACGUCUAGGGGAAGAGUUAAAAGAAUUUUUUUUUAUAUAUUGGAUUUUGCAAUCUAGCAUAGUGUUGAAGAUGCUCCAUGUUUGUGAAUUUGUGGUCCAACAAUUGAGUGUACUAGUGAAAGCAUUAUAAAAGGGGCAAUUUCUUGUUUUA